AUGCGUGAAGCAAUGGAAUUAGUUGAUAAAAUGAGAAAAAAGCAAAGUAGUAUAGUAAAUUCAUUAAAAUUGGCAACUGGAGCUACAUCUGGAACAGAUGAUAUUGAUACGAAAAUUUUUAGUUUAAAAGCUAGAAUGGAGAAAAUUAAACAUGGAAUUGAAGAAUUGGUGCAAAGAUGGAUGAAAAUUGAAUCUCUUUGUGGAUUUUCGAUUACUGGACCUUUUGGUAGAGUUCUUAAUUUAAAUUAAAUAUCUUUUACCCAACUGGAUGGAUCAAGUCUGAUCACUCAUAAAAAGUUACAAGUCGAUAAGUGCAAGAAAUCGGUGUUUUUUACAAAUAUCGAUUUGUAAAUUUUUAUGAGACAUCAUACUUGAUCCAUCUAGUUGGGUAAAAAAUAGCGCAUAUUGAGGGCUUUUGAAUGAUAUGAGUUUCAUUCGGGUUGGAUCAAGCAUAAAAAAUUCUAGCCAAUCAAAUUCGGUAAAAAGAAAAAUGGUGGGAGAUAACCAGAAAGUACCUUUUAUUUUUUUCAAAAAAAUUAUCAAAAAAUAACUCGUAGCAAUCUUCUUUUAAAAUUUAAAACCCUUUCAGUAACUGACAACAUUUCCUCCUCACAAAUUGGCAAUUCAACUUCUAAUAUUUCCUUUUCUCAACAAUUUUUUUCUUUUCAAAAUUUUUCUUCCCCAAUUCGUUUUUCUAAUAUUUUAUUUUCUCAAAAUUUAUAUUCGCAACAAGAUUGUAAUAAUAGUUCUAUAUCUUCAUCAUCC